GUCUACGGUCACCCAGCGGUCUCGCAAUUGACAAGUCCUGUACUGGCCAUCUUCAGACUGCCGACGGUUCACGGUACCGGUGCAGACUCAAGGCUCCUACCCAGGGUUUGCACGUCCGCCUCCUAUCCCAUCUACUUGAGUCCUGGACGCAUCAAGCAUUACGAUCGUUUGAACAAUGGAAGGGCCAUCUUCUCGCACGGCGGAGGGCUCUGCAGAACUCGUAGGCGGUGUUUUUGCGGUCAUUGAGUCGGAUCCAGGAGUUUUCACAACGCUGCUACACAAGCUUGGUGUACGAGGUUUGGAAGUCACGGAAAUCUACGACAUUGAACCUUGGGCGACAGACCACCUAGAUCCACACGGCUUGAUAUUCUGCUACAUGUGUACCGACUCGGAAGAGACGAAUACCUCCGCACUUGAGGGCGAGGACGCGGAGAAGGUGUGGUUCGCCAAUCAACUGAGCAACGACGCUUGUGCCUCCCACGCGCUCCUCAAUGUGCUCUUGAACUGUCCUCACGUUGACCUCGGCGGAGAGCUUCAAGAGCUACAAGCGGUAACGGCGGAGAUAUCACCAGUGAUGAGAGGAUUAGCGGUGUCGAGUUCUCAAUUCAUUCGGGAUGCACACAACUCACUGGCUAGGCCUGCGGAUAUCCGUGGGUCAUUGCAGGUCAUCGCUCGUGCAACCCUCGAAGCGGACAAGGCAAGGGUCAAAGCUGCGAAGGGUCCCCCAACUAAGAAGCGCAAGACGAUUGCAAGCCCUUCCAAGUCGACUGAGAAUGGUGACCAAAUGCAGGAGCAGUACCACUUCAUCGGCUACGUUCCCGCCCACGGCAAGGUCUGGGAGCUUGACGGUCUGCAGCGUACGGCCAUUGAAGUCGGCGAGCUUGACUCCCAGUCAAGCUCAGGCUCAAGUACGAGAGGCUGGAUGGACAUCGUGCGGCCUGCGCUGCGGAUGAAGAUGCACGCAUAUAUGGCGAGCGAGAACGACCAUGUGCGGUACAACCUCCUCGCAAUCGUGGACGAGAAGUAUCUCAGUGCGAGCGACGAGUUGGAGAUGCGCAAGCGCGAACGGCAGGCGAUCGAGCGGAGGUUGCAGGACGCGUAUCCUGAAGGGUGGACCGACAAGGUCAAUGAUGUGCUACUGACAAGCGCAGAAGAGGCGUUUGCAACUAGCUUAAGGCCGGCGACGGAGGGCCGAGUCUUUGCAAAUGACUUCGGAUCGCGAAAAUUGGAAAAGGAUGUACACAUCCUGGACAUGGCCGCACGAAAACUCCCUGACGCAUGGAACGCAUGUGUCGAAGCAGCGCUCGCCGCGAAGGUCGCUGUCGAAGAGGAGAUCACGAAGGCGCGCGAUACCCAGACGGACCACAUCAAGCGAACGUUCGACUACGAACCGUUCAUUACACAGUUCAUAACCUGUAUGCACAACGAGGGCUUGCUAGAGGCUGCCAUGCAUAGAGGAAACAUCAAGGAGGACGACGCCCAGGAGCCUGCGGUGAAGACGCCUACAAAACGAAGUCGGAAGGCAAAGGCGAAGACGUGACGAGUCGAUUGUGUGGUUGUAUGCUGAUGAUGUGUGUUUGUGCUCGUAUGUGUUGCUUUGAAUACUGCUCUGUUGUUGAUCGAUUCGUUGUCCGUCAUCGAAGUCGCUAGACUUGCUUUCUGUAUACGUGGUCGGAGAGUCUCUGAAGCGCUGGUUCCAAUGGUAUCGCUUCUCGUAGGAUACAGCAAGUGAUGCCCUUCGUCUGUGGCACCAUCUUAGUAGGCGUGGGCAGCGGGUUCAAUGCGACCAGCGUCAUGCAUAAUUCGUUUGCCGUGUAUGUACCACCGCACAAUGGGCGCGACAAAUCAUCUUAUUGCGC